AUGCAACCCGCGGACGUUGCUCGCUCUCUGAGCUCUCAAUGGCCCUGUCGGGACAUCCAGGCACGGCAGCUUGCCAGCCUACUACAUCCAAACACCCCUAGUCUGCCUACAUUAGUUGUGCAUGGCGUGUCUGCCACUUGCAAAACAACCAUCAUUCGCGGUGUCCUCUCGACACUUGAGGUACCGCACGCCUUCGUGCGCAGCUCGGAAUGUAUUACGGCUCGACAUCUCCUGACCAAAAUUCUUUGGAAUACACUUGAGGCCUUGGGUCAGAAGGAUGAAUGGGAAAAGUAUGGUAAAGGGCGAUGCGAGCACGUUAGUACUCUUGUGGUGCUGCUGGAGGAGUGUCUCGCAGCCAGGGCGGAGGGGCAGCGAGGGAAGUUUGUGCUCGUGCUGGAUGAAAUUGAUCGACAGCGAGAGGCGCCACAGACAUUGCUGUCUGCUUUGGCACGACUGGGGGAGAUUAUCCCGUCACUCUGCGUUGUUCUCGUCCUAAGCUCGACUCCUCGACCACUUUUCCUGCAAAACGCAGCCGUUCCUCAUGUCAGCUUUCCUCCAUACACGCGGAAAGAAGCCAUCGAUAUUCUACUAGCUUCCCCUAUGCCCUUGGUGGAGAGCCUGCCUGACGAAACUUCGUCACGGGUAUAUCCCCAUUUCGUUGCUACAGUCUAUGAUACCCUGAUCGGGCCAACGGCAGGCUCAAUUCCAACUUUCCGAUCUAUAUGCCACCAAUUAUGGCCAUUGUUCGUUGCGCCAGUGGUUCAAGGCGAGGCACCGCCUGGUGGCAACGCGGAAUGGGACUUUACUCGUCUGCUGGUGAAGAACAGGGCACUUUUCCGGCGUCAGGGCGAGUCUGCACUGGUGCACCGAAUUGUACCCGAGGACACUUCAGCCCCGAGUAAGACAUUGCGCAAGCCAUUGGCAACCUCAGCAGCACCGUCCGCACUCCCUCAUCUCCCUUAUUUCUCAACGUUGAUCCUCACGUCGGCGUACCUGGCAUCUCACACCCCGCAACGACUGGACACCAUCUUCUUCUCCAAAUUCUCGUCUAGCUCGCUAUCUGCACGUAAUAAGCGUGCUCACCAUCGUCGCCGAUUAAAGGUCCUUUCACAGGCGCAAGCAGAAGACAGGGCCGCUGGGAACGACGACCCAUCUACUCCUCGAAAGGGCAAGCGGACGAAAACCCGCAUCACCAAGUCCACUCUCUCGUCCGCCUUUGCGACAUCCUCGGCAACGACAUCCGCCGUCGGCGGCGGCGCGGGCAUCACAGGCCCAUCGACCAUUCUAUCAGCUCGCCCGUUCCCAUUGGAACGUCUACUUGCAAUUUACCACGCCGUUGAUCCAAACCCACCAGAGAACCCCAUCAACACUGCUGCCGUGGCAGACCAAAUUUAUGCCGAACUAGCCACAUUGCGCCGUCUACGUCUCGUGGUACCUGCUUCCGGUCACGUUGGAUUCGCCAGUACGGGAAGUGGAAAUACCAGUGCGGAUGCGGGCGAGAAAUGGUGUGUCAAUGUAUCGGGUGAUUGGAUCGGGGAGCUGGCGAAGGGAAUUGGCGUCGAGGUUGGAGAGUGGCUUGCUGGUGGACUGGAUUGA